GGAGUCGCGGGUAAAGUUACCUGAGAACUCACCUGUCACUCAGUUACCACAGGCACUUGCGCUGCCGCCCGGAUCAGCUAGGACUGGGAGUUUUGACACGGAUAGUCCACUGCGACGAGCUCGACUCAAAAUUUACAAUUUGACAUGAAUUCGUUUAACGUGUUUAAACAUUGGAGGGGAAAUUAACAAUCGUCGGCAUCGCAUUGAUAAGGAGGCAGCAGGCAAACAGACACCGAGAGAACGCAUUUCCCAGCCCCUGGAGCAAAGCACAGACUGGCGUUUGAAAGCGGAUACUUUUGUUAUAGACUGGGAUGGCACCUUGACGCGUCUUGUCUGUCUCAACAAAGACACAGGCUCACCAACAAAAUUGCGUACAGGAGAUAGCGCUGUGUAUUCUGUAGAAGGUGAAUGCCUUCAUCAUGAAUCUGCAGGGGAACCCAAUGAAGCAUGGCAAUGGAGUGGGCAAAUCCAACAAGAUCAGCGCUAAGGCUCUGUACGAACAGCGAAAAAAGUACUCCAACUCCAACGUCAUCAUGCAGGAAACAUCACAGUAUCAUGUUGAACACCUCGCCACAUUCAUGAUGGAUAAGACGGACUCCAUCACCACAGUGGACGAUGCCGUAAGGAAACUGGCUCUGUUGGACUCCAAAGACAAGAUCUGGACCCAGGAGAUGCUGCUGCAGGUCACCAGCACUUCUGUCAGGCUGUUGGACUGUGACACUGAGGAGGAGCUGGAGAAUUUCCCCCUGUCCACGGUGCAGAUGACUCAGACGGUGCUGAAUAAGACUCGCUACCCCUCCGUGCUGCUGUUGGUGUGCCAGGACAACGAGCAGCACCGGCCCGACAUUCACUUCUUCCACUGCGACGAGGUGGAGGCAGAGAUGGUGCAUGCUGACGUCGACAGCGCUCUGGGGGACAACAAACACGGAAAAAAGAUGCGCCCACAGACCCUGAAGGUGAACCAGGAGAAGAUGAAACGACGUCAUGAGUCCAUAAUCCCUCCCUCAGCCCAGAGGGCUCCAUCCCCUGCAGGGAAGGGGAGAGUGGCUGCUUCCAGCCUGCAGGAUGCUGAGAGGCGUGAGUCGAAGAAGCAGAGCCCGCAGUCUCAGGAGCAGCUGGCCCAGAGCAUUGAGAAAUAUGUGCAAAUCCUGAACUGCUCCCUGGACGAUAUCGAGAUCUUCGUGGCCAGGCUGCAGAAGGCGACGGAGGCCUUCUCUCAGCUCAACCAGCGCAACAAGCACAAGAGCAGCAAAAAGAGACUGCCAGCGGAGGGAAUGCUGACACUACGUGCCAAACCCCCCACUGAAGACGAGUUCAUCGACAGCCUGCAGAAGAUGAAGCUGGCCUUCAACCUUCUGGCCAAACUGAAGAAACACAUCCAGAACCCCAGUGCUUCUGAGCUCGUUCACUUCCUGUUUGGACCUCUGGAGUUGAUUUUGCAGAGCUCUGGGGGCCCAGAACUGCCUCGCUCCGUCAUCUCCCCGCACCUGUCCCAGGACACUGUGGAGUUCCUGAGGGGACACCUGUCCCCUAAGGAGAUGACCAUCUUCGAGCUGCUGGGAGAGGGCUGGACGAGGCCCAGGGUAGCGUGGCCUAGGGAACAGUGCGCUCCUCUCUACAUCCCCAAAUUCUUUAACGGCUGGGAGCCGCCGGCCGAGGUCUUCCUCUCGUCGUCGUGGGAGACGGAGUGCUCCGGUUCCCCCUCCGCCCAGUCAGACUACGGGGACCAGCCCAAUCAGUUCUUUGAGUCACCAGCCUCUGGGCCAUCGAACGGGGCUUCACGAAAAUAUGCCAAGAUCCGCUACCACUUUGUAGCCCGCAACGCCAACGAGCUGUCUGUUCUGCAGGAUGAAGUGCUGGAGGUCAUAGAGGAUAAUAGGCAGUGGUGGAAGCUGAGGAACCGCAGUGGGCAGUCGGGGUAUGUGCCCUACAACAUCCUGGACGUGGUGUCACUGGAGCAGCCCCAGAGCCUGCCAGAGCCCCCCUAUAGCCAGCCUGCCCCAUCUUACGGUGGCGCAUCGCCCUCCGGGUCUCUGGGACGGGUGAACAGCUUUGAGGCGGGACGGUCCCACAGAGACUCCCGGAAUCAGAUGGAUGAGGUGAACGACGAGCUGCUGAAGAGGAUCACCACCAGCAAGAGCCAGGGCCCGACCCGAAACUUCCGCGUGGAGCGCUCGUCCAGCACCAGCGUCCCGCUCCGCCUGGACUCCACCCCCGAGCAGGUCACCGCCUGGCUCAAGGCCAAGGGCUUCUCCGAACCGACCACGGAAUGCCUGGGCAUCCUGACGGGGGCCCAGCUCUUCUCUCUCAACAAGGAGGAGCUGAAGGCCGUGUGCGGAGAGGAGGGGGCCCGCGUGUACAGCCAGACCGCCGUGCAGAAAGCCCAGAUCGAGAAGAGUCGUGGGGACUCAGAGCUGCAAGAGAUCAUGAAGAGGAGACAGGAGAUGGUAGACCCCCCCUCCAAAGAAUGAGUAAAAUAACACUGCCCAUCAAUCAUAUCCCUCACUGGCCCCUACCAGCCAAUACACUCACAGUGCACCAGCAACCUCAUAAAGAAGAUCCCGGCUCCGCCUCCUCUGUCACAAAAAACGACGAACUCCACAAGCAUGUUACACGAAAUAUUUUUGUAAUUGUAUAUUUAUUUUUUUAAUGGUUUGUGUAUACCUUAUUUUAGCCCGUUCUCUGUACAUUUAUUGCUGCAUCUGUUAUGCAAAAAGGUCCUUAAGAUGUUAAGUAUUGUGCUUUUGAAGGGUAUGCGUAUGUGUUUGUACGUGUUUGUGUGUGUGUGUGUGCGCAUGCAUGAAAGCUGGUUACCUAUUUUGUCAUGUUGUCAUCAUGUUGUCAUUGUGUCUGGGAAAUAAUUAGAAGUGAUAAAAUGGUAUCUACUUUUUGUCUGCAAAGUCUUGUGCAUAAAACUAAAAACUGACACACAAAAGUAAUCAAUAUUGAAAGCGAUGAUUUUUGCUGGUCAUAUUAAUGGAUAAUUUCACAUAGUUAAUUAUACAUUCCACAAAAAUGUGAAAUGUCUUUAAACCUGCAGUCCUUUGCAUAUUUUCAAAGUAUGAAGUAUAUCCUUUCUGCAUUCCUACAGACUUUCACAUUUAAAAGGCAAUGUACAUUUAACAAAAAUGGGAUGAAUUCAAACAUUUUCAUUUCUGUGCAUUGGUAUUCUGUCUCUUACAGAACUAAUAGUGUUUACUUCUGAAAUUUGAAUAAUUUUAUUUUCUAUAAUUACGUCGCUACCAUGGUGGAAGACAUUCACAUAUUUUAUCUACAUGUUAUACAAUUUUAAGUUUACAUUUUUUUCCCAUUAAUAAAACCGGUUUGUUGCCCUUUAAAGGUGAACUUUAACAAAAAAUAAUUUCUCUCUCAUAAUUUGGCAAGCUUGAAUGCAUUCUCGGUAAAAUAGGUGUAACCGUUAUUUAAUGUGUCAAAGCCAAAAUUAUUAAUCUGCAUCGGCAAAUGACCAUUUGUAUUGAUGAUGUCAUUGAAAAUAACUCCCCUUCUGAACAGAGGUGUCUACUGAAUUCAACAGUUGAUUUUCACUAUUACUGUUUACAGGGACCACAAUCACAGUCGCCCAACCCCACUCACUCUGCCCUCCCCCAUUCCCCCCCCCCCUUUCGGAAGGGCCCAAAUGAAGUUUCAUUUUGGACCCCCAAAAGGCUAGGGGAGAAAGGGGUGCACUGGGAGAAAGGAGUUACCUAUGUGGCAUCAUUGUGUACGGUGCAGACCUGGGUCGAAUAUUUGUUUUGGAUUCAAAAACGUUUCGAGCUUUAUUGAUCUUGUCUGGUGGAAUUUAGCCUGCCAAUAGGACCAGAAGGUGGGGUAAUGCAAUUUUUGAGAGUAUUUCAUAGCUUCCAUUACACUAUACUAGCUCAUUAAAGUGUAGAAAGUACUUGAAUCGAAAAUAAAUAUGUGUUUGACCCAGGUCUGGUAAGAUGGUGUUCUGUAAAUGUUCAUUGUUCUGGGCAAAUUUAUAUGUGACACAUUAAAAGUGAGUAAGAGAUUGUUUUUCAGAAAUGCUGCAAAACUGAUUAUUUUUGGAGUUCGCCUUUAAGAUCUGAAGAUUUAGACCUCUUGGAACAUAACUUGCUCAAUGUGAAGUUUUGUUUCUUCAUUGUUUACGGGAUUAUAAAGGGGAAAACCUCAUGAAUCUUG